UGUAUACAUAUAUAUAUGCCUCAUUUGUUUUUCUCUCUUUUCUUUAUCUUAUUCUAUUCUUUUUUCUAAUGAAGUUAUCUGUCAUUGCUCUCCUUUUCGCUACUGCUACUGGUAUUCAAGCUGCUUCCACCCACAAGUCCAGCACAGAAUGCCAGAUGGGAAACCCCGGUAAGAAACUCGGUGAUGGCUGGCAAGGCUACUGCUGCAAGACAGACGAUGAUUGUCGUGAAUCUUGUGUGAAUCAUAAAUGCAAUGGUCGUCCUAACCCCAAGUACGCUGAACCUAUUCUUCCCAAGGGCUGUGCUGCCGGCUCUUAUGGCUAUGGUCUUGGUGAUGGUUACUAUGGUGACUGUUGUGUUAACAGUGAUGAUUGCCGUGAUACUUGUGUCAAGAACAAGUGCAAUGGUCCUAAAAGAUCUUCUAAAUAAACAAUUGGGUCUCAAAUUCAUCAGGGACAGUUUUAUUACAU